AUGGGCCGCGAAGAGUCAAUAUCACAACCGCCGCCACCGGCGGCGCCAAUGACAACGGGUGCCACGGCUACCUGGGGCAGUCAGCAUUUUGACCGGGCGCCAACAGCCCAAGAGUUGCGAGCGCUGCAGAAUACAGGCGCAUCGGGAACACAGACACAGACGACGCCAAAGGCACCGAGUGAACAAAACCAGCAGGAACAGAUAGCUAUCUCUGUCUCAGAAGCCGUCAAGACGAUCAAGCCAGCAGACUUUCUGCAAGUGUACCAAUAUCCAUGCGCGCGGCAGGGCUUCAUGACGGGGAUAGGUGGCGGUGCGGUUGUUGGAAUGCUGCGGUAUAUUUUGGGAGCAAACAUCCCCAAGGCGACAAACUGGGCAGUUGGCAUGUUCGCCCUCGGUGGUAUCGUCUCCUUCGAGGUAUGCCAGGCCUUUCGGCGGGCCGAGCGGGCUAAGAUGCAGCGUGUUGUGGAAGUGUAUGACCGGAAGCAGGCAGAGCUCCGACACCGGGAAGAAGAGAAGAAGCGGCGACAGCAGAAAGAACAGCGAGAACGGGAAGAGCGUGAAGCGGCCGAGCGGGCAAAACAGUGGUGGAAGGUUUGGUGA